AUGUUCAAAUCGUAUGGGGAAAGGGCCGAGGCCCACCCUUCAAAUGUUGCCAGCAGAUUACUAAAACUGAUGGAAUCUAAACAGACUAACUUGUGUGCUUCUGUUGAUGUUACCAAAACCAAGGAAUUGCUCGAGCUUUUAGACAAAUUGGGUCCUUUUAUCUGUUUGGUCAAGACACAUAUUGAUAUAGUUGAGGACUUUUCGUAUGAGUCUACGAUCGUUCCGUUGUUGGAGCUCUCCAAGAAACACAACUUUAUGAUUUUUGAGGACAGAAAGUUUGCCGAUAUUGGAAAUACUGUCAAACUUCAAUACAAAGGUGGAAUCUAUCAAAUCUCCAAAUGGGCACACAUUACCAACGCUCACGGUGUCACUGGUUCGGGAAUCAUUUCGGGCCUUCGUCAGGCUGCUGAAGAAUCUACUGAUGAACCGCGUGGACUUUUGAUGUUGGCUGAACUCUCAUCAAAGGGUUCGUUAGCUUACGGUGAAUACACAGCAAAGACAGUCGAGUUGGCGAAAAGUGACAAGGAGUUUGUGAUUGGAUUCAUUGCUCAAAGAGACAUGGGUGGUAAAGAGGAAGGAUUUGACUGGCUUACAAUGACUCCUGGUGUCGGUCUGGACGACAAAGGAGAUGCUUUGGGCCAACAAUACAGAACUGUUGAUGAAGUUAUAAAAACCGGUACUGACAUUAUAAUCGUUGGAAGAGGACUUUUCGGCAAGGGAAGAGACCCAUUGGUUGAGGGAAAGAGAUACAGAGACGCUGGAUGGGCAGCAUAUAAACAGCGUGUUGCUAAUUAG